UCCAACUGUCGGAUUUCCUUCCUCUCGCAACGACCGUUGGAAAGUCAUCCCUCACAUCUUUCCGUCGAAUCCAUCGUACGCCAUGCCACCAAAAGCUCCCAAGCCGGCUGAAGAGAACAUCAAGCUCGGACCUCAGGUCCGUGAGGGUGAAAACGUCUUUGGCGUCGCCCACAUCUUCGCCAGCUUCAACGACACUUUUGUCCACGUUACCGAUAUGACUGGCCGUGAAACGAUCUCCCGUGUCACUGGUGGUAUGAAGGUGAAGGCCGACCGUGACGAGUCCUCUCCCUACGCGGCCAUGUUGGCGGCUCAGGACGUUGCCCUGAAGUGCAAGGAGGUCGGCAUCACCGCCGUUCACAUCAAGCUCCGUGCUACCGGUGGUAACGGUACCAAGACUCCCGGUCCUGGUGCGCAGAGUGCUCUCCGUGCUCUUGCCCGUAGCGGCUUGAGGAUCGGCCGUAUUGAGGAUGUGACUCCCAUCCCCACUGACAGCACCCGCAGAAAGGGUGGUCGUCGUGGUCGUCGUUUGUAAGCUAUCCGCGAUCAUAUGUCGGUCUUCAGAUUUGCUUUGUUCGCACUGUGCGGCAGGCAUGCUACAGUUUCUGGGGGGAAUCUGGAAUGGCUCACUGUACACAUCUAUAAUAAACGAGUCUGAGAACUAAUUGGAUUUCUGUUUGGACACUGUACAUUUGGCUGCAUAUAACCUGGUCUAAAUCACCCUCUCAAUCUUCUUGAUUACCACCCCCAAAGCUAAUUGUGCUGACUCUUCUGGCUUU